UCUUAUUAGUAUUCUAUGUACCUACAGUUUUAUAACAAUUGCAUGGUUUUGUUGCGUUUUUUUUACUAGUAAAGACUUUUAUUUUGUUUUGACCUCAGUAGCUCUGUUCAUCGGUGUUACAGCAAUACUCAGAUAAUUUAAAUCAGUACGCAACAACGGAAAUAUUAAAAAUAUAUAUUUUUGUAUUUUUAAUUAUAUUAAGAACAAGAAAAAAAAUAUAUUAUCGAAUUAUUUUCAAAUAAGCGAGUGUUUGCAACAAACUUAUAGAUGUGUGAAUUCCUAUAAGGCUAUAAAAACUUGUUAUCAUAAUAGAAAAAGCGUUCAAUCAAUGAUGCUAAUGAAGUCGUUUGUGUUCUUUUUAGCGUAUGCAGCCGGGGGAUUGUCGGAUUAUACUGAAAACCCAGGAACAGAUGCUGAGUAUUGGUUGAAAAAUGGAAAGCUUAAGAUUGCAGAAAAAUUGAAAAUUAAGUUAAACACCAACAAGGCCAAGAACUUGAUUAUUUUCAUGGGCGAUGGCAUGUCACCGACAACGUUGAUGGCGGCCAGAAUUUAUCAAGGGCAGCUAAAAAAUAAAACCGGGAAAAACGAAAAUCUCAGCUUCGAAAAGUUCCCGUACACCGGCCUAAUAAAGUCAUACUGCGUGGACAACAUAGUGGCAGACUCUUCUUGCACGGCUACUGCGUAUUUGGGCGGUGUCAGAGGUAAUAGUCGCACAGUAGGAGUGUCAGGACAUGUUACGUUUAACGACUGUCCGGCUUCGACGAUAGCGUCCAACCAAGUGGAUUCAAUCAUGCAAUGGGCUCAAUGGGCGGGUAAAGCUACAGGUAUAGUGACCAACACGCGGGUGACGCACGCUUCGCCUGCGGGUGCUUAUGCUCACACGUGCAAUAGAGAUUGGGAAUCUGACCGUAGCAAAAUGAUGUCCGCAAAUCUGACUGACGUGGAACAAUGCGAAGACAUAGGCCGGCAAAUGGUGACCAGGGAUCCUGGCAGGAACUUUAAGGUGAUUAUGGGCGGUGGACGUAAUAAGCUGAUGCGGAAGAAAACCAACUCUUCCGGAGAGCGCAACGACGAGGACUUGUUGGAUAAGUGGAUGGCAGACAAGCAAGAACGUUUCCACGGCAAGACCGCUAAGUACAUUACUACUCGAAAAGAACUCCUUACUACCGACAUGUCGAAAACCGAUUUUCUCCUAGGUCUUUUUCACGAUGACUUACUCGACUACAGGCUGAAGGCGGACGCGACCAAGCAACCGACUCUGGCGGAGAUGACUAGCAAAGCCAUUGAACUGCUGGAAACCGAGAAAGACGGGUUCGUGCUGUUCGUCGAAGGUGGUCUGAUCGACAUUGCCAACCACGGGGGUCUGGCCAAAAUAGCAUUAGACGAGACGUUGGAGCUGUCCAAAGCCGUGGCGGCAGCAGUGAAAUUGACUCGGGAAGAUGACACACUUAUUGUGGUCACCUCGGAUCACGCUCACGUGUUGACCAUGUCUGGAUAUUCGAAAUGGGGUACGGACAUACUUGGACUGUCGGAGAAGGUCGAUGACGACAAAAAACCGUACACGACCCUUGCGUACGCAAGCGGCCCGAGAACGAACACCAACAGCUGGCAGUGUCACCGAGCUAAUUAUACCCACGUCGAUUUCGGAGACGUCGACUACAUAUACUCGAGUAUGGUUCCUCUGCGUCACGGUACACACAGCGGCGACGACACGAUUGUCUUUGCUAGAGGACCGUGGGCUCAUCUGUUUACUGGCCACUACGAACAAACCAUGAUUCCUCUGGCAAUGGCGAUGGCUGCCGGUAUUUCCACGGAUCCUCUGUCGAACGAAUUAGCAUACUCUUUGGGAAUUUCAAUAUUCAGUGUCCAACAUUUCACAACAACGUUGGUACUAUUAUUUCUGUCGAUAGCCGUACAGAUGCUUCGAUGAUUGUUUUGCGCAUAUGGUUUUCGUUUGGAUUUAGAUCUCUUGUAAUGUUAUACCACUAGCUAUUAAGUACCUAUGGUAUCUAAAAGAUUCUUUACUAACCCUAUUCGUUUAUAGAAUUUUGUAAUAUAUUUGUACUUCUGAGUUUUGCUUUUUUCAUGUUUAAUUUUUACUUUUUUACAAUACAAAACACACUUAGUUUGUUUAUUGUAAUUGCUCAAAUAAAAUGUUAUGUUAUUUUUAGAAAA